AUGGCCGUGCCUUUGUGGGAGACCAUGGUGGAGAUAUGCCGGAAGAUUCUCAAGGACUCUCUCAAACCAGAGUGGCUUCUAUCAGAGAGCGAGCUGCCACCGGCUGACCAGCUCGAUGUGUCCACGUUUAUCGAAACUUGCAAGCGGCUGACGCCGCCCCACCAGCUGACCAACCUCGCGACCGAAUUUCUGGUCGAGAACUCCCUGCGAGAUGCUGCUGAGCUGGACGCGUACUUUGCUAAGACGGGCAAGCUCAUGGGGCCUUUGCACGGCAUUCCCAUCUCGGUCAAGGAGCAUGUCAACAUGAAGGGCCGCAUCUGUCAUGCGGGCUACACGGCUUUUAUCGAUAAUAUUGCGUCCGAGGAUGCAGUGCUCCUCCAGCUCUUGAGGGCUGCCGGCGCUGUGUUCCACGUGCGGACUAACGUGCCCCAGUCCCUGAUGCAAUUUGAUUGCAGCAAUUUGAUAUACGGCACGACAGUCAACCCUUUUAACCGCAAACUGACCAGCGGUGGCUCCAGCGGCGGCGAAGGUGCAAUCCUGGGCCUUCGCGGCUCCGUCUUGGGCAUCGGCACCGACAUUGGCGGUUCUGUCAAAGUCCCGGCAGCUAUCAACGGUGGCUAUGGCCUGCAGCCUACAGCUCUACGAAAUCCAUUGAUGGAUAUUGUUCUCUUCCAGCAGGCUGUCAUCGACCAGAGACCGUGGGAUAUGGACUCCAUGGUGGUUCCCCUGCCAUGGAAGAGGCUUCAGCCAGCCGCAGCCAGGGACUUUACGGUCGGUGUCAUGUGGGAUGACGGAAUCAUCCACCCCCAUCCACCCAUCACUCGCGGUAUGAAAUACGCCGUAGAGAAGCUAGAGGCGGCCGGUGUCAAAGUUGUCGACUUUGAGCCGCACCAGCAUGAAGAAGGAUGGGAUGUUAGCAGACAGAUGUACUUCCCCGACGGUGGCGCGAGAAUUCGACAGCUGCUGGCAGAAACCGGCGAGAAGCACGCAUUUCUCACAGACGUCGCUCUGAACUGGGUCGAACAAACAGAACUGACCUCGAACGAGCUAUCUAUCCUGAAACUUCGGCGAGAGGGACUGUGGGCAAACUACCAUCAGCUAAUGAAGGAUCGCGGCGUUGACUUUAUCUUGUGCCCAAACUAUGUCGGUGUUGCCCCUCUAUUGGACCAUUCUUGUCUCGCAUGUCCCACUGGUCUCAAGGCAGACCCGGCCAUCGAUGUUGUCGGGUCUGAUUACACCCCACGUUCGGCCGAAGAUAGCCGAGACUACAAGACGUAUGUCCCUGAAGCAUAUGCUGGCGCUCCCAUUGGCCUACAGUUUGUGGGCAAGCGUUUCUGCGACGAGGAGACGGUUGCUGCGGCUUUGUUCGUAUCGAAAAUUGUCCAAUCGUGA